AUUGGUUCGUCCACGAUGUUCUGUAUAGUGUGUUGCUUGUUGUCAUUUCCAGUGCAAGGAAUUCUCGCUGUCAUAGUGCUGUUGACGACGUUGGUGUUCUGGAUGUUGUACUUUAAGGACUCUCCUUACGCGCACAAGCAUAGGUCUGACAAUGAAAAACACUUCAUUGACGAAAAUGGCAGACAAGUGCCGUUUCCCAGUCUGGAGGAUGAAAGCACUUUGGAUUUGUCGAUCAUAGUGCCUGCGUACAACGAACAAGACAGGAUAAGGCCUAUGCUCGAAUCAUGCUUACAUUUCUUGACCGAUGUCAGCCGAAAAUGGUCUUUUGAAGUCAUUGUUGUUAGUGAUGGGAGUACAGACGGGACAUGCGAUAUUGUCAUGGAAUAUGUGCAACAGUAUGGUUCUGAUCGUAUACGUCUUUUAAAAUUAUACAAAAAUCGUGGAAAAGGGGGUGCUGUUUGCUUGGGAAUGAAAAGUGCGCGUGGACGUACCUUAUUAUUUGCUGAUGCUGAUGGUGCUACAAGGUUUCAAGAUUUGGAAAAAUUAGAAACAGUACUACACUUUUUGGCAGCAAAUGAUAUAACUGAAUGUUCUAAACCGGUUUAUGCGGUUGUGUGUGGCUCACGUGCCCACUUAGAAACUGAAUCUGGCUCAAGAAGUGUAUUCCGCACUUUCUUGAUGAUGUGCUUUCAUAUGCAUGUCUGGAUAUUUGGAGUACGUACUAUCAAAGAUACACAAUGUGGCUUUAAAUUAUUCACUCGGCCAGCUGCAAGAAUCUUGUUUAAUAAUUUACAUGUUGAUGGAUGGGCUUUUGAUGUAGAAAUGUUAUACAUAGCUGAAAAUUUGAAAUUGCAAUUAGCUGAAGUACCAGUUCAUUGGACAGAGAUUGAAGGCUCAAAAAUAGUCCCAGUGUGGAGUUGGCUGGAAAUGGGUUUUGAUGUAUUAGCAAUAUGGCUUCGAUACCGUACAGGAUCAUGGAAAAUACGCGAAUAAAGGAGAAAUAAGCUUACAUAUUUAUAUCAUUCAUUUUUCUCUAUAAGUUAUUUGAACUGUAUGUAAAUUACAUGCUUGUGUGUAAAAAUUUAACAAAUAUUUUAUGAUAACAGUUUUUAAAACUGCAUAAUAAAUAUUACUUCGUCAGAGUUCAAUUGUAUGAUAAUUUAAAGUUAGACGAGACAUUAAAGACAUUAAAAAGUGAAUAUUAUUAAGUUCAAUUAUUGCUUUUUACCUUAAGAACAAAAUGGCGUACAGAUUUAAUUUUUACUCUACUUUUAUUAUUAGAUUAUUGGAAUAAGUUCCUUAUAAUAUGUGAAUUAUGAAACAGAUGUAAGCUUAUUGUACAAAAAAUAUUAUAACAAAAUUUAUGGAUUAAACAUUACGUUUAAAAUAACGGAAUAAAUAUAUU